AUGAAUUCAAGAGAUGUUCAGAUCUUCAAUCACGAUGAAGAAACUGAUAGUCAGCUGAGUUUUGAUAUUAAUGAAAAUGAGGACGAUGUUAAGGACGACGAUGACGUUAUACAGUUACAGCAAAUUCUUUUUCAUACUGCGCAAUUUCACUCAGUCAGGAGCUUGGAAUCAAGUUCUAGCAAUGUUGCGGGUAAGAAAAUUAUUGAACUGCAUUAUUCUUUUAUUUAUGGAUCGAUUGAAAAAUUAAACAGUAUUCGAGAAGAGGGGGAAUCCUCAUGUAUGUACUGCGACAUAUGUGAAGAUGUGUUUCCUUCGAACACGAUGAUUCGGGGCAUCGAUUACCCACAUUUAUACUACGAAGAAUGUAUACAGAAGCACAUUGCUAAAAAAAUCAACGAUAAUAUUUACGAAGUUAAGUGCCCUAUUGCAAAUUGUAAGGGAGCCAUGGAUCUUGAAUUUUUGUUGCCUUAUGUUGUUUUUGAUCGUGUUGUAAAUGCUAAUCGAGAAGCUAAAGUUUUGACUUCACCCUAUAUUAUGGAUUACCCUUAUGAAUAUUGCUCGGGAAUAUUGAUUGAUGAUGGUAAGGGAUAUUUGAUUAGGGCAUGUCCCAAUUGCUGGAGGAUUUUCUGUGCGAGAUGCAGAGAUACUUGGCAUUGGGGAAUAACAUGUGAAGCUUAUGAUCAUAUAUCAAGUCAAAUGAAUUUUAUUGUCCGACGAUUUGAAGGAUUUGUUGUUCAACAUCCCCAACAAGAAGAAUAA